GCAACUUAAAUUCAAUUCAAUGGCUCUUCUUCUCUAUACUUUUCUUUCUCUUAAUUUGUAGUGAGAAAAGGUUGUGCCAUUGAUUUCUAGUAUCUAAUUAACUAAAUAUAUAGUUAAGUUAAAUUUGUUUGUUAAUCAAGCAAUUAGUGAAGAAAAAUGGCUGGAAAAUUGAGUCUGGAGGAGAUCAAGAACGAAACUGUUGACCUGGAGAAAAUACCAAUUGCAGAAGUGUUUGAACAAUUGAAAUGUGGCCCAGAAGGUCUCACAACUCAAGAAGGAGAAAACAGACUCCAAUUAUUUGGUCCCAACAAAUUAGAAGAGAAAAAGGAAAGCAAAAUACUAAAGUUUUUGGGGUUCAUGUGGAAUCCUUUGUCAUGGGUUAUGGAAGCUGCAGCUAUUAUGGCUAUUGCUUUAGCAAAUGGUGGUGGAAAGCCUCCAGAUUGGGAAGACUUUGUUGGUAUUAUUUGUUUAUUAGUGAUCAACUCCACAAUCAGUUUCAUUGAGGAAAAUAAUGCUGGCAAUGCUGCUGCUGCUCUCAUGGCUGGCCUUGCCCCUAAAACCAAGGUACUGAGGGAUGGUAAAUGGAGUGAGCAGGAGGCUGCAAUUUUGGUUCCAGGAGAUAUCGUUAGUGUAAAAUUGGGAGAUAUUAUCCCGGCGGAUGCUCGUCUUCUCGAGGGCGAUCCUUUAAAGGUUGAUCAAUCUGCAUUGACUGGAGAGUCACUUCCUGUUACUAAAAAUCCAGGGGAUGAAAUCUUCUCUGGUUCAACUUGCAAACAAGGGGAAAUUGAAGCUGUUGUAAUUGCCACUGGUGUGCAUACUUUCUUUGGAAAAGCAGCACAUCUUGUAGAUAGCACUCACCAAGUUGGGCAUUUCCAGAAAGUGCUUACAGCAAUUGGGAAUUUUUGUAUUUGUUCUAUUGCUUUGGGAAUGCUUAUUGAAAUCAUUGUCAUGUACCCAAUUCAACAUCGUAAAUACCGUGACGGAAUCGACAAUCUUCUCGUUCUCUUGAUCGGUGGCAUACCAAUUGCUAUGCCUACUGUAUUAUCUGUGACAAUGGCUAUUGGAUCUCACAAACUAUCUCAACAAGGCGCCAUCACGAAGCGUAUGACUGCCAUUGAAGAAAUGGCUGGUAUGGAUGUCCUUUGCAGUGAUAAAACAGGAACAUUGACUCUAAACAAGCUUAGUGUUGAUGUAAAUUUGGUCGAGGUUUUUGCUAAGGGUGUGGAUAAACAACAUGUUAUUUUGCUGGCUGCAAGGGCUUCUCGAACCGAAAAUCAAGAUGCAAUUGAUGCUGCUAUUGUAGGAAUGCUUGCUGAUCCUAAGGAGGCACGAGCAGGCAUAAGAGAAGUGCAUUUCUUCCCAUUCAAUCCUGUGGAUAAGAGAACUGCAUUAACUUACAUUGAUUCUGAUGGUAAUUGGCAUCGAGCAAGCAAAGGAGCUCCCGAGCAGAUCUUAACACUUUGCAACUGCAAAGAGGAUGUCAAGAAGAAGGCUCAUGCUGUAAUUGAUAAAUUUGCAGAACGCGGUCUUCGCUCGCUGGCUGUUGGGAGACAGGAAGUGCCUGAGAAAAGAAAAGAAAGUCCUGGAAGUCCAUGGCAGUUUGUUGGCUUAUUGCCUCUGUUUGAUCCUCCAAGGCAUGACAGUGGAGAAACCAUCAAAAGAGCUCUCAAUCUGGGAGUGAAUGUCAAGAUGAUUACCGGUGAUCAACUUGCUAUUGCCAAAGAAACUGGUAGAAGACUUGGAAUGGGGACAAACAUGUAUCCGUCUGCAUCAUUACUUGGCCAACACAAGGAUGAAAGCAUAGCAGGCAUUCCUAUUGAAGAGUUAAUUGAAAAGGCAGAUGGCUUUGCUGGAGUUUUUCCAGAACACAAAUACGAGAUUGUAAGGAAGUUGCAAGAGAGGAAACAUAUUUGUGGAAUGACCGGAGACGGUGUGAAUGAUGCUCCUGCACUAAAAAAGGCUGACAUUGGAAUUGCAGUUGCUGAUGCUACUGAUGCUGCUAGAGGUGCUUCUGAUAUUGUUCUCACAGAGCCAGGCUUGAGUGUUAUCAUCAGUGCUGUCCUUACGAGUAGAGCUAUCUUUCAGAGAAUGAAGAACUACACAAUUUAUGCAGUUUCGAUCACAAUACGUAUCGUGUUUGGUUUCUUGCUUAUUGCCCUCAUAUGGAAAUUUGACUUCUCCCCAUUUAUGGUUUUGAUCAUUGCCAUUCUAAAUGAUGGUACAAUCAUGACCAUUUCAAAGGAUAGAGUGAAGCCAUCUCCAUUACCUGAUAGUUGGAAACUGAAAGAGAUAUUUGCAACAGGCAUCAUGCUUGGUGGUUACUUGGCAUUGAUGACUGUCAUAUUCUUCUGGAUAAUGAGGGAGACAGAUUUCUUCCCAGAGAAAUUUAAUGUGAGACCUAUUAAGGACAGUCCUAAAGAAAUGAUGGCUGCUCUUUAUCUUCAAGUGAGCAUUGUCAGCCAAGCUUUGAUAUUUGUUACUCGAUCGCGUAGUUGGUCCUACUUUGAACGACCGGGGUUGCUACUGAUGGGUGCUUUUGUUAUUGCACAACUGGUUGCAACACUCAUAGCAGUAUAUGCAAACUGGGAAUUUGCAAAGAUAAAAGGAGCAGGAUGGGGAUGGGCUGGUGUAGUUUGGAUCUACAGUGUUAUUUUCUACAUUCCAUUAGACUUUAUCAAGUUUGCAAUUCGCUAUAUCUUAAGCGGCAAAGCUUGGCUUAACUUACUGGAAAACAAGACCGCCUUUACGACCAAGAAAGACUAUGGAAGGGAGGAAAGAGAAGCUCAAUGGGCUGCUACUCAAAGAACCUUACAUGGCCUCCAACCAGCACCAGAAAGAGCUAGUCUCUUCCUUGAAAAGAAUAGCUACAGAGAGCUUUCCGAAAUCGCGGAGCAGGCCAAGAGACGAGCAGAGAUAGCUAGGCUUAGGGAGCUCAACACUUUGAAGGGUCAUGUUGAAUCAGUAGUAAAAUUGAAAGGGUUGGAUAUUGAUACAAUCCAACAACAUUACACAGUGUAAAAACUGCUACAAAAAGUUGUUGCAGAAAGAGAUGAAGGAAAAUGAGAUAAAAGCUAAGGCUAAGAAAAGGAAGAAGGUUAUGUUAGAAGAACCAAUCUAAAGAAACUAAGGAGAGCACCAAUGUUAUUCUCCUCAUCUGUUCUUUGCUUUUUCCUUUUCCUUUUCCUUUUUUUUCUCUCCCACUUAUGUAGAUUUGUUAUCAUAAUAAUGCAGAGGUCAUGUUUGGGUUGACCUUUCCUUU